AGGCAGUGAGUGGGGUUGAGAUUUGAGUUCUGUCUGGGGACUUCACACUAGGAUGGCCCUGCAGUCACUGACUCUGAGGUUUCUCCUGGUCCUUGCAUCUCUACUGUCAGCACAUGGCCAGGAAGAACUUUUCAACAUCCAAAUAGUGCCCCAGGGAACAGAUAUGUGUCAAAGGCCCCUGUGGGACUCCAGACUCCAGCUGGAACCAGACCAGAAGAAUUAUAAGAAGAAUGAAGAAGUGAUGCUGAGCUGCCCUGAAGGUUUCCAGCCAUCCUUCACCCAUGUCAAAUGUUCGAGUGAAGUCCAGUCCUUCACUCAUGGGAAACCUGUAUACAGAGAAGUCUGGACUGUGAGAAACUCCAGAGGUGUCUGGGUUCGCAUUCGGUCUGGUGUGGAGUGCAGUGAAAUCCUCCAGGUUGACCCCAAGACCAUUGAGAUUUCCAGCACCGCCAUCAAACUGGACUGGACCUGCAAGUUCCCUGAUGCCUGCCAGGGCCUGAGGGCCAUGUGCCGGCUGGCAGCACCUUCCUCCCCUCCCUGUGAGGCUGAGGAGGUGAAUGGAGAGCAGAUGUUACAUGGCCAAGAGGGAACAUUCACCUGCUCCGCUUUGCAGCCCUUCACUGAGUACAGUGUCACCAUCAACUUGCACAACACAACCCUUUUCUCAUGGUUGUUCCUGACAGAGGAAGCAGUGCCGGGCAAACUGGAAGAGCUGUGGCUGGAUCCCGACAGGGGCUCUCUCAGGUGGAACUCGCUGCCCUCUUGCAACGGGGAGAUCAUCGGAUACCAGCUGAGCAUCACAGCCAGGAACGCAGUGGACAGCAGCGUGCUGGAGACGGAGCGGCUGCGGCUCAAUGGCUCCGUCACGGAGCACCGGCUGCCGGAGCACGGCGCCGGCGGCAGCUACGCCGUGACGAUCCGGGGACUGACGGCUGCCGGAGCCGGGGCCGCGUUGAUGAGGGAGUUUCACACCAGCAGCUCCGACCCCCCGCGCCCGCAGGGCAUCGGCUGCCGCAGCGCCCGCGACAUCGCCCCAUCCCGAGGGACGGCCGUGCUCCCCCUGCGCCCCAUCGCCCGCCCCUCGGAGGCAGCCAGGGAGCACCAGCUGAUCGUGGCCACGACGCACAACGGCUCCGUGAUCGAGAGCAUCUGCUCGGGGCGGACGCAGCUCUUCAACGCCAGCACCUACCUGGCCGCUGUCCUCAACCUCACCGGCCCCACGGACUUCGUGCUGGGCGACGGGAGCCGCGGGCAGGGCCAGCACAACGCUGCCCUCCGCCCGGGCUGCGACUACACGGCCCUGCUGCUCCUCGUCCGCCUCUCGCCGCAGGCAGAGAAGUUCACCUGCGUCUGCUACAGCUUCUCUGUUGUUGCAGAGCAGACUGUGGGCCAGUGGCAUGGGAUUGUGAUUGGACUGGUUGUGCUGUUGGCAGUCCUCCUUGCAGGUGCGGUCAUCCUGUGGUUUGUGCUCUCCAGGAAAAGGAAGUAUUUGCCCAACAAAACUAAGGAGGAUAAUUAAAAAGGAAAAGGUGGCUAGGCUGGAGAUCAGUCAUUUCAGCCCCAGCCAGAGCCAUGGAGACUUCCAGAGCAGUGAGGAUGUGGAGAAAAUGUGAAGGAUGACCCCAGCCCAGUGAUUAUGGCUGCCAUGUCCCCUGGCUCU